GCCUCGACCGCCGUCUCUUCAUAAUCACCGGAGACGGAAGGUGAUUGCACCAUUGUUGAGUAAAGGGCAUAGGAUGCUCCCAAUCUGGAUGGGUUACGUCAAGGAAGAAGCGACCUUGGACUGUACCUCAAGUUCCGAAAGAUAGGCUAUAAGUAAAUGGAAAACUGGUAUGCGGCGCUUAUCAAUUCUUUCAGGCGACUCUGUAGCCGCGCACAUCACAUAGAAAGUUCUCCUACGCGAUAUCACUAAGAAAUCCACUUCUGGGAUUCGAGGGGUUCAAGUGCGUAAUACUAAACUCAAGGAAGAGGGCUACCCGAGACGGAGCAGGGGAAGAAGGGGGGCCAAAUAAGGUUGAUCGUUUCCUAAUUGCGAUUGCCGCCGGUCAUCUGUCCAUCAACCUCUAACCUCCACCCUCCACCGCUGCAACACCGCCAGUUUCUUCAAAUUUCAAGGCUUAAGCAACGCACAAGGUGUCGAGUUCAGUCUGCUCUAACACUGCAGAAUUUUUGCUUUGCUCCACAAUGCCAAGAAACGAUGACGUCCGCUUCACUUCUUGCUCUAUCAAGCUUCCACCACUUGGUCACAAUUCCUCUAUCACUUUCUUCUCAAAGCUCCAAUUCACCUCUCAAUUCUUAAUCAAUUCUCUAAUGAAACCCCAAAAGUCUCUCAAUUUCAACUUUAACCUCAAAAAGAACUCCAUCACCAAUUUCUUUACUAAUUUCCCUAAACCCCUGAAUUUGCUUAGUUCCUUCCGUUUUCACCCUCCUUUGAAGUCCUCCCUUCUCUGCUCUGCUUCUCUUGCACUUUCUGAUGGUGGUAAUGCCGAGUCUGACUUGAGUGGGUCCACAAAUCAGACAGUGCUGAAGAGUCCGAGUCAGAGUCAGAUUACAAGUCGUGAUGAAGAGAGGGUUUUGAUAAGUGAAGUGUGGGUGACGAACAAAGAUGGAGAUGAACUCGAAAGGAAGGAUUUGGAGAGUGAGGCCAAAAAUGCUUUGAAGGCUUCGCGGCCGAAUUCAGCGUUGACCGUUCGUGAUGUUCAGGAGGAUGUUCAUCGGAUAAUUGCUAGUGGAUAUUUUGCCUCUUGCAUGCCGGUUGCAGUCGAUACCCGGGAUGGCAUUCGACUGGUGUUUCAGGUAGAACCAAACCAAGAGUUCCAGGGGUUGGUGUGUGAAGGAGCUAAUGUUCUUCCAUCAAAGUUUAUAGAGGAUGCCUUUCGUGAUGGAUAUGGAAAAGUGGUUAACAUCAGGCGGCUGGAUGAAGUUAUAAACUCCAUUAAUGGUUGGUAUAUGGAGAGGGGUCUUUUCGGCAUGGUAUCAGGUAUAGAGAUUCUCUCUGGUGGCGUUAUUAGGUUACAGGUUUCAGAAGCUGAGGUCAACAAUGUGACAAUACGUUUUCUUGACAGGACUGGAGAGCCAACUGUUGGCAAAACAAGGCCUGAAACAAUACUACGCCAACUUACCACGAAGAAGGGACAGGUGUACAGUAUGCUGCAGGGGAAAAGAGAUGUGGAUACCCUGCUAACUAUGGGUAUUAUGGAAGAUGUUAGUAUAAUUCCUCAGCCUGCUGGAGACAGUAACAAGAUUGAUUUGACAUUGAAUAUCGUAGAGCGCAAAAGUGGAGGGGGAAUCUCAGCUGGUGGUGGAAUUUCAAGCGGGAUAACAAGUGGCCCUCUAGCUGGACUGAUAGGAAGCUGUGCAAUUUACCACAAAAAUCUAUUCGGGAAAAACCAAAAGCUUAAUGUGUCAUUGGAGAGGGGGCAAAUUGACUCAAUAUUCAGAAUUAACUAUACGGACCCAUGGAUUGAAGGAGAUGAUACAAGGACCUCAAGGUCAAUCAUGAUCCAGAAUUCCAGAACCCCUACACUUGUUCAUGGGAACCAACCCGAUAGUAAUAGCUUUACGAUCGGGCGUGUAACAGCUGGAAUUGAAUACGGCCGGCCAUUCAGGCCAAAGUGGAAUGGAACUCUGGGAGUUAUUUUUCAGCGUACUGGUGCUCAUGAUGACAAAGGCAAUCCUGUCAUAAGGGAUUUCUAUAGCAGCCCACUUACAGCAAGUGGCAAUACCCAUGAUGACAUGCUACUAGCUAAACUUGAGACUGUUUAUACUGGUUCUGGAGACCCAGGUUCUUCAAUGUUUGCUUUUAACAUGGAUCAGGGAAUUCCUGUUUGGCCAGAAUGGCUAUUUUUCAACAGAGUGAAUGCUCGUGCGAGGAAGGGUUUGGUGCUUGGUCCUGCUUGCUUUCAUUUAAGUUUGUCUGGUGGACAUGUUGUGGGAAAUUUUCCACCGCAUGAAGCAUUUGCAAUUGGUGGCACCAAUAGUGUGCGGGGUUAUGAAGAAGGAGCUGUUGGAUCAGGUCGGUCUUGUGCGGUUGGUUGUGGAGAAGUUUCAUUCCCUCUGACAGGGCCAGUUGAAGGGGUCAUAUUUGCUGAUUAUGGAACUGACCUUGGAUCUGGAACUACUGUGCCAGGUGAUCCUGCUGGUGUAAGGCGAAAGCCCGGUAGUGGAUAUGGCUACGGGCUUGGAAUCCGUGUGGAUUCUCCUCUGGGGCCUUUAAGACUUGAAUAUGCAUUUAAUGAUCAACGUAAAGGGAGGUUUCACUUUGGGGUUGGCUUGCGAAACUAAAAUGUCCUUGCAUGUACCACUCACUCUCUCUGAUAUCAUUUGUUGCUUAAAAGUGCCUAAAUUUUGUCUCCUGGAAAUAGCUGGUGUGAGGAUGAAAAACAAUGUUGUUGCCCUUUUCAUGUGGAAGCAAAUUGAGAUAGAUUUACCUCAUUCAGGCAUAAUGACGCAGUCUUAAAGCUUGUUGAGCCCACUAAUCAUGUAAAUUUUGGUACAAAGCAAUUUUCUUUUUUCUUUUUUUUUUUUCAGUUUAAUCUUAUGUUGUAGUUUAAAUACAAAUUUUGUGACAAUCAGUGGGAAGGUACAAAAUAUCUUAAUAUAGGAUUUAGUUUCUAGGAAAAGCAAAUUCUGCUGCCAGUUUUUUUUUUUUUUGGCCUUGCCCAAGUCAAAAAUCUGUGUUCUGAUGGAACUUAAGUUGAAAAUCUAAACUUGCAUC